GAGCAUGCGCACUGACGAGUUUCAACCCGGUGGCUUUAAGAAAGCAAAGCUCCACCAGAAGGUAGCAGGUCGCGUGAGAGAGCAGUUACAAAACGCGGUUCUGGGUGACAUAAAAGAGAGAGGGAGCUCAUUUAGGAGAGUAGAGUUGUCUUUACACAGUAGCAUUCUGUGUUUCAGCUAGUUUCCUCUUUCAACCGAAGCUCGCGUCUCUGCUCCAACAACACAAGCCACGGGGACGAGCCAGCGGACGCAACGUUAGCCGAGGAGGGAAUUGGGUUCCGUCUUCUGUUUCAUCGGGCAGAUGCUCCCAGCCGCCCAGCUUGACAGGAGUGAUGGGAUGUGUCAGCUAGGUGAGGCACUCCUGGAUAAUGACACAGGACUGAGGGACUCAUCUGCAGUGUUGAUAUCUGAGCGAGACACAGAAGGGACCGAAGAAAAGCAGGAAAAAGAAGACCUAGGCGCAGCGAUGGGUGUGGGGAAGAACACCACCUCCAAAUCGAUGGACAGCAGCAGUGAGGGUGGAAAAUACGAAGACGAGAGCAAACGCGGCACUGAUUUCUACCCUAUUCCGGUGGUGGUAAAUGGAGUUGGAGGUGCCAGUGGAGACCAGGAUACUGAGAACACGGAGCUGAUGGCUAUCUACACCAAGGAUAAUCAAGCAGCAGAAAGGAGCUCUAUUUCAGAGACACUUGACAGCACAGACAGUAUGGAUGCAAGGAGGAUGGAUAUGAUCUAUACCAUAGAGGACACUCCACCCUGGUACCUGUGUGUGUUUUUAGGCUUACAGCACUACCUGACCUGCUUCAGCGGAACCAUAGCCGUUCCGUUCCUCCUUGCUGAGGCGAUGUGCGUCGGCUUUGAUCAGUGGGCCACCAGCCAGCUCAUCGGGACCAUCUUCUUCUGCGUGGGGAUCACCACCCUGCUGCAGACCACGCUGGGCUGCAGGUUACCUCUGUUCCAGGCGAGCGCGUUUGCCUUUCUGGCACCAGCCAGAGCCAUCCUGUCUUUGGACAAAUGGAAGUGUAACGGCACAGAGCAUCCACUGCUGAACGGGACCGAGCUCCUUCAUACAGAGCACAUCUGGCACCCCAGGAUACGAGAGAUCCAAGGUGCGAUCAUCGUCUCAUCCCUCAUUGAGGUGUGUAUCGGAGCUCUUGGUCUGCCCGGGAUGCUGCUGAAGUACAUCGGGCCGCUGACCAUCACCCCCACUGUGGCUCUCAUUGGGUUGUCCGGCUUCCAGGCUGCAGGCGAGAGAGCUGGAAAACACUGGGGCAUCGCUAUGCUGACUAUAUUCUUGGUGUUGCUUUUCUCACAAUAUGCCAGAAAUGUUAAUUUCCCCCUGCCGAUCUACAAAGCCAAGAAAGGCUGGACUUCAUAUCGGCUGCAGGUCUUCAGAAUGUUUCCUAUCAUAAUGGCCAUCCUGGUGUCAUGGCUGCUGUGCUUUAUUUUCACCGUUACCGACGUUUUUCCGCCGGAGGAGGACAAGUACGGUUUCUACGCUCGCACUGACGCACGCCAAGGAAUCCUGACCGCUGCGCCGUGGUUCAAAGUCCCGUAUCCCUUCCAGUGGGGCGCUCCCACUGUAACGGCUGCUGGCGUGAUCGGCAUGCUGAGUGCUGUGGUGGCCAGCAUCAUAGAGUCAAUAGGAGACUACUACGCCUGUGCUCGCCUCUCUUGUGCUCCUCCUCCUCCCGUCCAUGCUAUCAACCGGGGGAUAUUUGUGGAGGGCCUUUCCUGUGUGCUGGAUGGAGUUUUUGGGACAGGAAAUGGUUCUACCUCCUCAAGUCCAAACAUAGGUGUUCUUGGAAUUACAAAGGUGGGCAGCAGACGUGUGAUCCAGUACGGCGCUGCCAUGAUGCUGCUGCUGGGGCUCGUGGGUAAAUUCAGCGCCCUGUUUGCCUCGCUGCCUGACCCAGUUCUAGGAGCUCUGUUCUGCACGUUGUUUGGAAUGAUUACAGCCGUGGGCCUGUCCAACCUGCAGUUUGUUGACCUCAACUCCUCCAGAAACCUCUUUGUUUUAGGUUUUUCUGUCUUCUUUGGCCUGAUGCUGCCAAGCUACCUUAAACAGAACCCACUGGUCACUGGCAUAGUUGAAAUUGACCAAGUCCUGAACGUGCUGCUCACCACCGCCAUGUUUGUUGGAGGUUGUGUUGCUUUUAUUUUGGACAACACUAUCCCUGGUUCCCUUGAAGAGCGGGGCAUCAGGAAGCUGAAACGUGGCACUGGCCUCAGCGCAGCAGAACUGGAAGGGAUGAGGUCUUACGAUUUGCCGUUUGGAAUGGACUUCUUCAACCGGCAUGCGGUUUUCAAAUAUAUCCCCAUCAGCCCUGCUUUCACAGGCUACCACUGGGGUAGGAUGAGAGAGGCUGGCAGGAGCAGAAUGGGACAUGGGAACGUCGUGAAGGGAGGAGGGGGAGGGGCAGGGGGAGGAAGCCCCGCACCCGGGGAGAGUCGGGUAUAGCUAACGGACUGGAGAGACCUUAGAUGUGACAAUGGGGAGCAAGGGAUGGUGCACUAAGAUUAAACGAUGGGAGAAAGGAGCACAGAAGCUACGCAGGAUUGUGGAGGACAUGAUGUUGCACAAACGCCCUCAUCAGUGUGUUUUCUUAGGCUUGUGUGUCUUUCCCCACUUUACUUAUAUGCUAUUUUAAGCAUGCUAUAGCAAGUCAGGGCAUGCAGUAAGAUGGCAUCAUGCAGAGGUGUGUGUGUGUUUGUGUGUGUGUGUGUGUGUGUGCGUGUGUGUGUGUGUGUGUGACAGAUGGCCAUCAGUCCACCAAAACCGAAUGUUAAUGACUCGCUGUCUCAAAAUCUCUCGUGUGACGUUUCAAAAGGACAUCUACUAAAAGCACGUUAGAGCGGAUGUUAUACAACCACAUUAGACACACGCGCGCACGCACAGCCUCACAGAAAACGUUUGAGAGCAACGAACCAUGUUAUGAGAACUGAUGGAAGUAGUUAAUCAGGUGUCCUUAGCCAUGCAAAGUGAUUGUGAGAUUUGUUUUUGCACUAUCUGCCUCCUGAGUUCAAAACUAGAAUGUUGCAUCACAGCUUUCCCCGUUCAGACCUCCGACUCACUCAGCAAACCGUCACGCCUGCCCGUCACUAAUCACACUCGCACAGCUUUUUAAAGAUAGAAAACACUCUCGGAAUCAUCAUUAACUCGCCCGUUUACGUCUCGUCACCUUGUCGUUAUUACGCACAAGUUACUAACCAAAACACUUGACUUAUGGAGCUGUUGCAUGGGACCGAAGGACGUUUGUUUGGUCAGACGCUUUUCAGAAGUUGCUGUGACAGUCCAGCGAGGGACACGUGGAUUUGUCCGGGAGAUUUUCUGCAAAAAUGAGACUUAAGCGAGUUAACUUCCUGCCUGGAUCUCGUAGUUUUCAGACGUUGCUUCGUCUUUAGCAGUAACAGUCCUCCCGUCUGUGCGAGUUCUAGUGUAACUGCAGCUAAAAUGGUCGUCUUUUCUCCUCGUUUACCCAAACCGCUGCUUUUUCCACAGAUUUUUAUUGUGCCAACGACCGUUUCCUCACAUUCCCUCCCAUCUUCAGCACACCUCCCGUUUAUCUUCCACGCUGCUGUAACCGGUUAACUGCUGUUACCGUUGGUGUUUGAUGUUGGUGGCACCUUUUAAAUCUGCACCUUCUUAGCCGAGUAGUGACUAACGAGUCCCAUCCGACCGCCCUGUGUGCCUCUGCUGCUUUAAACGAAACACGGCGUCUGCAGAAGUUUCUCACAACGAUAAAGAAUUAGCUGGGUACAUAAAUAUUUACCCCGUCGGACGUUUUGCCGAACCAAAACGUUGAUUUAGUGUUUUUGUUGUUCUCGUUACCCAAACCAAAACUUCCAACACUGGAAUUUGUUGCUACUUAUAAACUUCCCUAGUUUUCUUCUGUUAAAGCUAUUUAUUUAUUUAUAUAAAAAAAGAAAUUGAGCGGUUUCUUGCUGCACGUUUAAUGCAACGCAGUGUUUCAGAUUAUUUAUCAGUUUACAUGUUCAUGCCCUGCAAUGAUUGACCUGUUUUAGUGAAUAUUAGAGGGCUUCAUUUCAUUCCAUUUUUGAUAAAUCGUAUUUAAAGGCAGAAGAAAAAAACACUUUUAGAUGUGUAACGAACUAGUUGGUUCAGAUUUUAGAGUAAGGGCCUUUUACUGCAGCUACUUGCACAAGAACAUCAGGGUCCGAGUGGGUAGGUUUUAUUUACCUGGACCCAGGUGUGUUGGUAAUAAUGGUGUCACGUGUAGCUUUAUUUUCUUGUUUUUGGUUAUUUGCUUUGCAGGAUUUAUGUGCUUUUUUUCUAUUUAGUGUCUGAUUAUUGAUGUUGUUCAGUUAUUUGAUGAACUUGAAUGAUUUGUUCUCAUAAAACUUAAGUUUCUUCACUUUUAUCCAGCAUUAAAUUACAUGUUUCACAUGAUUUAGUCUCUGAAAAUUAAUGCAGGAAUCCAACUUUUACAUGGACUUUUGCUGUUUGCCAGAGUGAUGAAUAAUUUGUGUGAAAUGUUGGAAUAAAUUAAAUUUUAGACAUUUCUAAAGGAAAUUUUUAAAUAUAAAAUUAGUAUGGUACAAAAUUAUUAUUAAUUUACGUUUGGGGCAGUAUAUGUUAUGACAUAAAAUAAUAAUUAAUAAUUUCAAUGAAUUAACCCCAAUCCUAUCAGCUGCUUUUGUGACGACUUGAUAUUCAUCCAGAUAAAGCAGGGAUGUCCAAACCUUUCAACACAACGUUGGUACUCAUGGGCCACUAAAUUUAAACAAAAGUUAUAGUUUUUAUUUUAACCAUUCAAAUAAUACAGUAAUAUAAUUUAGUAAAGAGAACAGGUUUUUUUAAGUUGGUUUUAGUUCAUCCGCCACAGGAAAAAUGACCCGAAUCACUCAUUCUUCGCUAAAGUUUGCUGAAUUUUGUCUAAAUUUGUGAAUAAUUCUCAAAAGUGGGCUUUUUAAUGAGUCGACAAGGGUUUGUGGUAGAAAUGACUGUGGAAUUAAAUCAAAAGGAAAUAAACUUGUUAAUAAAACGCUUAGAUUUAAUCUUUCACAUUAAGAAAAGAAAACUGUUGAGGUCCUCUAUGUGCAUCAACAGCUGGCUGGAAAAACAACAAUAUUGUUGAAAUGCAGUCCAGGGCUUUGGAAAUGCACUAAGGUGGCGAUGCUUUAAUCAGGGGACUGAAUCUGUGUAAAUGGUGGGUUUAAACAUCCGCGUCAUAAAAUAUUAGCAGUGACUAAUUUAUGCUGGAUAAGAUGGAAGAAACGAGCAUGAAAAGUGCAGAGAUGAGGAAAAAGAUGUUGUCAGAGAGGUGAAUAAAUCUAAAACCUCAUCGGAUUUCUGUGCUGAGCUGAAGCAGCUCUAGUGGAGUUAUCGACGCAACGCGCUGAUGUUGUUUAUGUUUUUGCUCACUGUGUAGAUUGCAGCAGAAGCUUCUGCUGAUGAAGCAGCAGUCAGAACAGUUGUAACCUACUAAGUUUUCUCUGAGAACAACAUGGAUGUUUUUUACAUAACAUGAACACACAAUAUCCUGCACAUUAAGACCUUUUUUUUUUGUCUCCCCUCCCAUUGGCUCUCCUAACCCUAACCCUCCUCUCUUCAUGCGCCUGGAUGCAGGAGGACGACACCUGCUGGUCACCUUGUUAAGAGCCUUGUUAUUGGCAGCUGAGUGAACCUGCCUUGUCACAUAAAGAUGAAUAUUAGUCGUGAUGUGCCUAAAAACUGCUUCCUGCUGUUUUUGACCCCCAACGCUAAAAAAAAUGUAUUUCCUAUUUUAGGAGUUGUUACAGAAGUAGUCCAUUUACAGUAAAGUCUUCUUUUUCUGGCCCGAUUUACAUUAGAGGCAGUUGAACUGAUGGCUCUUAAGAAGGUAACCAUUAGGUUAAAACACAAAGAUAUUGAUCCCUUUCAGUUAUUUUGAAGGGGGCUCUACCUGAUGAUUAUAUUUCUGUGUAAAGAGUUUUAUCGUUUUCAGUGUUUGUUUUUAUACAUCAUUUUUAUGUUUUUGCAAGCAGAUAUUUGUAAUAAAAAUCUACUUUUAAUCUUAAAUCAUGCUGAAAAGUGCACCAUCUUGUUAUACUUUUUAUUUAAAAGUAUAUAUCGAUUUGAAGUUUGUGGUUUAAUGAAAUCUUUCUGCCUGUUAGGACCUUAACAUAUUGUAUUUUUUUACUCUUUAACAUUGUUUUCUGCUCAUGUUACACAUUACCAGUAUAAAUCAAAAGAGCAAGUUGAGAAAGGUAGAUGUAAAGAAAUCAAAAACAUGUAUAUUUAAUGUUUACAGAAUAUUCAGGAAGAUGAAUUGUGUAAACUAAUUGUAACAAUAAAAUGAUUUAUUCUUUGUUCUUAAAAAUAUUUAAUAAGAAGUUAAA